AUGUCGCGCGCGACGACGACGGGCGUCGUCCUCGACGUGCGGGGCGACGACGUCGACGCGCGCCGCGAAUCCUCGCCGCGCGCGACGUCGUACGCCCCCGACGGGAGCGCGACGCGCGAGGACGCGUCGUCGGCGGAGCUGUCGCGCCCGAGAUCGAAUCGAGCGCCGUCGACGACGCGCGCGGGCCGCCUGUGGGACACGAUGCUCGACCCGGACGCGACGCGCCGCCGCGACGCGCACUUCGCGCGCGCGAACGAGGUCGGGCAUCACCGCGCGUACGACUAUUCUUCCUGGACGGACACCACGUUCGCCGUCGGCCUCAGAGCGCGCGCGGUCAACAACUUCCGAUGGCCGUGGGCGCUCGUGAACGGCGUCACGAUCGUCUGGUGCGCGCUCGCGCGGAACGUCGACGCCCUGGACUGGGACCUCACCGCGUUCGAGCGCGGGUACGCGCUCAUAUUCUCCCUCCUCGCGUUCCUCCUCGUCUUUCGCGUCAACCGCGCGGCGGUGCGAUGGUGGGACUGUCGCACCGCGUGGGGCGCGAUCGUCCUCGGCGGACGCCUCCUCGCCGACGACGCCAUCGCCUCCGUCCGCGACGUGUACCCGGCGCACGUCGAUGAUCUCGCGCGAUGGUUCGUCGCGUUCGCGGUGGCGACGAAGUGUCACCUGCGACGAGAGACGAGGAUCGAUCCCGCGUCGUUGGCGGGCGUCGUCGACGACGGCGAGCUCGACGCGAUGCGAACGCGCGCGACGCACGCGCCGCUGUACUGCGCGUCGCGGAUGCGCGAAGCGGUGACGCGGAUGACGAGAGAGCCGGACCCGAACGCGCCGCGUCCGAGCGAGGAAUGGCGUGAUCGCGUGCGAUGGGAGAGGGCGAGGAUGCACUGGUCGCUCGCGGCGGCGCUCAACGCGCGGAUGACGUCGAGGAUCGACGCGCUCGUCGGGCACUGCGGCGCGCAGGAACGCAUCCGCGCGACGCGGCUGCCGAUCGUGUACGUCACGCACCUGCGGACGUUCUUGAUGGGAUACCUGCUGUCGCUGCCGUUCGUUUUCGUGCGGGAUUGGGGAUGGGGCACCGUCCCCGCGGUGGCGUGCGUGUCGUUCGCGUUGCUCGGCGUCGAGGGCGCGGCGCACGAGUGCGAAAACCCGUUCAGCGCGAACCACGCGAACCACCUCGGAAUGGACGUGUACUGCGAGACGGUGAACAAGGAGAUGUGCGAAUACCUCAGGCUGUGGCGCGAGGAGAAACUGGACUCGAAGGAAGGCGGUGGGGACGGACGAUAG